AACUGUGGAAAAUUAUAUUGGUAAGUUUACAGAUCAAUAAAAGCACCUGUUCUCCAUCUGAACUAGACAAUGGAAAUAAUGCUGCAUGCUGGCCAUGGCCCAUUCUUCAUCAUUUGUAAGUUCAACAAAAGUUCUCACAUGGAGUCCCACCUCUUCAGAGGUUUGUACAUUUGUUUUUAAGCACUGAAUUCACUACUGAUCCCAUCGCCUGGCCAGUAGAACAGUCAUUACUCCAUUAACAUCCUCACUGUUUAGACACAUAACUGUGGUACAGUGUAUUGGAAAUUUUAUAAACAAAAGUGAAAGUGCCAACAAAUUAUUGAUAGCUGAUAAUGUUUCAUUAUCUGCAACUGCUUGAUAAGUAUGUUGCAUUUUAAGAGCUUAUAAUUGUGUAUAAUUUGUUAACACUAGAAACCUAUUAGUAUUGUGAAUGUAGAUUUUACUGUGAAGCUAUCUGUGAUUUAGCUGUUUGCUCCCAUGAUGGAGUCUUUGCAGCAUGGCGCUAGCAGCCAAUGCAGUUUCUAAUACUCGGUAAUUUGCAUGUUUUGUGGAGCAUUUUUAUGUCACCAACCAGACAGUAUUUCCUGCAUGCUUAUUUAGAAGAGGCAGUUUAUCUUGAGAGGUAGUGUGAUCUACCUUUGUCAGGCUUUUUGACAGGUCAUUUCAAAGUAAGCCUUUGUUCCCAAGACCCAACAACUGUCACCCUCUUCUGUACCUCUCCUGAGUGCCAACUGUCCAGGCCAUUUGACACACCAUCUGUUAACCUCUGAGUUUGCCCACUCAAGGCCACUCAUAGGGGCAUCCAUCCCCAAGCACCUCCUCAUGCUGUGCAUGCAGUCUUAAAUUCAAUGGACAAAAAUAAAAUGCUGGCUACCUCUGGAUCAUCUGGCUGAGCAACUGAAUUACAAAAGAGAAUUACUUCCAUCUCAACUUCAACCCAUUGAUUACGUCCAUCCUAGCAAGCUAAAUGGCAUCCCAGCUGCUCCUUUCUGUGCAACCAAUUAAAGAACAAUGAGUGUGAUGCUCCAUGUCUGAAUUUCGUCCAGCCUCUCUCUGAACUGUGAUCUUUGUCCUCAUGAACUUUCCCUUUUGUUCAUUGAACUAUAUGGACUCUUCAUUUCAUAUUGAUUUACUGUGCAAUUUACUUUUGGACAUUGAGAACUUGAAAUUAUUUCCUGAUCCCUUCCCCUUCCACUAUUAAUAAUUCAUUUCUGUCAAACUGUAAGAGUAGAUUCAUUUUUUUUUUAGUUUUUAACAUUGGACUGUUAUUUCAUUUUAGAGUUCUCUAUCUCUAAAUAUUUAUUUAGAGAAUGAUUUUAAAAGGGAAUGAUAUGCUUGUUUAAAUGAAAGAGAAAAGCUGUAGUAAACUGUGUUAAUUGGUAAUGACUAUUUAUCGUCGAUACUCUGUAGCUGUGUAAGUUUUGACAAAUAGUGUAUCUCGUGGAAUCAGUGGUUAGCAUUGCCGCUAUUAUAUUUACUCAUUUUAUCAUUAUAAAUGUGCUUAGUUCAUCAUGUAGCA